AUGCACCGGGGAGUAGGCCCAGCCGUUCGGGUGGUCAGGAAGAUGGCGGCCUCUGGGGCGGAGCCGCAGAUCCUGGUACAAUACUUGGUGUUGCGAAAAGAUCUAGCGCAGGCACCGUUCUCCUGGCCGGCGGGCGCAUUGGUAGCACAGGCUUGUCACGCAGCCACCGCGGCCUUGCACGUUCACCGCGACCACCCCCACACCACAGCGUACCUCCAGGAGCUGGGGCGCAUGCGCAAAGUGGUCCUCGAGGCCCCAGAUGAGACCACCCUAAAGGACCUGGCCGAGACCCUUCAACAAAAGAAUAUUGAUCACGUGCUAUGGCUUGAGCAGCCAGAGAAUAUCGCCACUUGCAUUGCGCUCCGGCCAUACCCUAAAGAAGAAGUGAAUCUGUAUUUGAAGAAGUUCCGAUUGUUCAAAUGACAGAUGCUUUGAUGUAUUCAAUAUCAGCUGAAUCCAGAAAAGCAUGCCAUCCA